AUGUCGGCAGAACAAGGCGAACUUGCGAAUUCAGCAGUCAACGGGACUGAGUCAAAUACUGGUACCGGAUUUCAACUUGGGAGUCAAGUGGAAUUAGAAAAGCCUUCUUUAGAAGAGCUGGAUACUUUGAGACAAAAAGAAAUUUUCGAUCAAAGAAAACUGCAAAUGUUGAUCGAAGGCUUGCGAGCUGGCCAUAAAAUUUAUGAAUAA